UUCAUAUCAGCUCUCUAUUUGCUACAGGAAAAACCGUGUAAACGCAACCAACGAACAAAUCGAACAGCUUAUUUCACUUAUUGCGAGCAACAAACAGAUUGUCGCCAGGCGGAGUCUAGGAACUGCCAAAUACUGGAACGCCGUUGCCAAUGAGCUCAACGCAUUAGGUCCACCGAUACACAAUCGAAAUGAAUGGAAAGAGCUCUGGGACGACUACUGCGACACCCUGAAAGCCCAACUGGUCGACAACUAUGUGAAGAACAAAGAUACGGGAAAAUAUCCAUGGGAUUUGACCAACUUUACGCCAUUGGAGAAGCGUGUCAUCGACAUGAUGUGUCUUGUGAAAUCUUUGCAGCCUAUACCAAACACAAGGGCCUGGGGUCUGCCACAUAUGUCUCCUGUCAAGUUUGUAAGCAACGAGCCACAACCAUCUCAGCCACCUGUACCGCCAGAACCUCAACCUCAGCCGGAAACGAAGACAACUGUAGGCUGUGUUAGAAAUCGUCGUCUCAGAUAUCGAAGUUUAGCGGAGCUUCAGUUGCAGGAGUUAAGGAAAUUAACAAAGGUGAAUAGAAAACUGUGCCUUUUGAAGCAGAAAGAGUUGAAGGUGAAAAACAAACAGCUGCUUUUGAUGAAACAACGACUCAAGAUGGAUAUUGAAAUUGUUCAAAAGCGUCUAGAAUGGGACAGAGAAAUGGCAGGAGUGUAACAAGUAACCAAAACUAAGUAAAUGAAAUAUAUCGGACGAAAGAAACAACGAUGAACUGAAUAAAGUUGAACUUUAAAGUCCUUUGCUUGAAUAAACAUGUAGGUUUACUUAGCUUGAAAUUGAAAUAUCACAAAAAUAACGUUUCCUGUAGUGUUCUUCGUUGUAGCAAUGCGUGCUAGUCCCUAUCAUCCCACCCAGAAUCGGCGCUAAACUCCCCAAACGGGCAUUGAUUGUCAUUUAUAUUUAUGUACCGUGCACUGUUUGCACACACCGGUAAUGGACACCGGCGAUUAAAAACAAUCGAACAACAGUCAUUAAACGGCAGCAAACCAAACAAACAAUCAGUAACAGUACACAGGCCAUC